UUUUUCCAACCAUCAAUCAAGUUGACUUGCGGAGUUCAGUUGUUGAGACCAACGAUUUUCGCGACAUUUUUCAAACUCCCCGUCCUUCUUUUACCCCACCAGACGUCAUGGUCGAUCGACGAUCGGAUUCCGAAGACGGUUCGCGUGCUAAGCGUCAAAAGAUGGACCCCAAGGACAAUCCGUACCUAGCUCAUAUGUAUGCGGACACGUCCAACGGCAACUCAUGGGUUGAGGAUAAGGAUUCGCCGUUUGCCAAAGUGAAGAGACACCAGUCAACUGCUGCCCAGGCAAAAGAGCUCGAAGAUGGCGAGUUCAACCCUCUCAACGGCCGACCAUUCUCGAGUAAAUACUUCUCGAUUUUAAAGACUCGCCGCGAUCUUCCAGUUCAUGCGCAGAGGUAAGUACAAGAGUUUUCACCCAGUACUCGCAAAAUAUCUACAAGUGAGCAACCUCUAAUAUAUAUGUUUAAGAGAUGAGUUUCUCGAACUCUACCAGAAGU